CGCGCCUCCGCCGGCGUGUUUGUCGUGAACACCGAAAGCUACAGGGUCGGUGUAUCACCAGGUUCUCCAUGCACUCACCGACUGCAGUGCGCUAUUUUCUCCCGUCUACUUGGUUUUGCGUAUGUACAUCUCUUGGAUCAAACCGGGAACCCGAGAAUCCCGUCAUCAUGCGCUGUCCUCAUCCGAGUCCACACAGCACACUGCCUGACCGCCCGCGUCCUUCAUGAGUCGCCGAGCGUUCUCUUGACCUUGUGGAUGCGACCUUGAUCUGAACUAGGAAGACACGUUAUGAAAUGUGAUCAAUGGGCUGGGCCUCACGAAGUCGUAUGUGUGUCCCUUGGGUGUCCCGCGGCUUCAUUUCCUGCGUGCAGUGCUCGGGUUGCUAGCGCGGAAUGCCCAGAGUUGCCUACAUCCGCAGCACCUGGUCGAGACGGCUAUUCUGACCAGCGCGCACCUAUGAUCGUUGCCAGUUUCCCUCCGAGUCCACAGGUAUCAUCGGCCACGAAGCUUGCGCUCAUGUGGAGAUUACCUUUGUGCGCGUUCGCGCGCGCUCCGCGGGAUGCCGACAGCUCUUGGUCCCCAGUAUCGCCCCUCGGACCACACGAAUACGGUACUUACACUUCGACGUAUACAGGGCGCACUCCGGGGUCACGAACGUGUGCAUCCAUCGGCUUCGCUGUGGUUUGGCGACAGAUAUCUAUCCGAGGCAAUCACCUUGUACCAUCGGGGAUGACGCGGCCGUUCCAUUUCGUCAGACGGCUUUGGGUCGGCCGUUGAGAGGAUGCAUGUCGGCAGAGUACGGACACUUGUGUCGGACCCGGUGCUCGAUCAUUUGCGCCCGUGGAGAUGUAAAUCCGGGGUCAGGAAGAGCAGAUCGGCUGCAACGACGAUCAGACCUGCGUGGAUAUCACCAACAGGUGAAGACGACCCCGCGCAACCUACGAGUGGUGCGCGGUUCGACUGUUUUUC